ACGUGUAGGCAGUCGCGCAGUGUGGAACACAAACAACUGUGACGCGGAAAAGAAUCUAAACUCCAUUUUCUCGCCCCACUUCCACGCUCCUCCUGUCGAACCGCUCGAGACUUGACUGUGCUCGCGCCGGACUUUUAGCCGCGGCGCUGGACUUUAGCCCCGCGGCUAACAGCUAGCCAGCUAGCAGCAGCGUGAGACGCGUGAGUCGUGGGACGGAGGUGAGACAGGCGGAGCCAUGGCGGCCAUGGACGUGAGCGUCUCCCCCACGAGACGCGACCUGACAAGCUUCACGUGGGAGCGGCGUGUUUCGCGGCGCGUGUACCCGAGAUAAGCUCGCCACGUCGGACAUUUCCACGGCCCAUGCGUGACACGUCUGAAGUUUCACGCGCCGGGGAGCGUGUCUGGACGUGAAAGCCGCCGGUGACGUCACAGCCCCACCCCACGCCCCGCUGCUUCCCACCCGAGGGUGCCCCCACAUGUCGCUGGUGGGGUCCACGCAGAUGCUGGCCAAGCUGGCCAAGCACGCCGCGGGUAAAGCGCGGGUCCAGCUGAGCCGCUGGCUGCGGAGGGGCGGCGACGAGGGCGCCUUCGACGAGCGGGGGGCGGCAGGGCGGUGCGACGGCGACCCGGAGGUGGCGGGGGAAGCCGGCGGCGCCGACCCCAGGCACCCCUGCUGCAUCGUCAAGGGCACCCUGCUGGCGUGCAUCCUCGCCGCCGUGUGCUUCUCCUCGGUGGCGCUGGUCCGCCAGCACCUCAAGGACCUCCUGCUGUGGGUGGAGGGCCUGGACGGCCUGGUGGGCGCCCUGCUGUUCGUGGUGGGCUUCAUCCUGGUCUCCUUCCCCUGCGGCUGGGGCUACAUCCUGCUCAACGUGGCCGCCGGCUACCUCUACGGCUUGGUGCUGGGCAUGGGCCUGGUCAUGGUGGGGGUCCUCAUCGGGACCUUCGUGGCCCACCUGGCCUGCAAGCGGCUGCUGACCGACUGGGUGGUCAACAAGGUGGGGAACAGCGAGCAGCUCAGCGCCAUCAUCCGAGUGGUGGAAGGAGGGAGCGGACUCAAAGUCGUGGCCUUAGCGAGACUCACCCCCAUUCCCUUUGGACUCCAAAAUGCAGUUUUCUCUAUCCCAGACGUGUCCUUGGCCAACUACCUGGUGGCGUCCUCAGUGGGUCUGCUGCCCACCCAGCUGCUCAACUCCUACCUGGGCACCACCCUGCGCACCAUGGAGGACGUCAUCGCCCAGCAGAGUGUCAGUGGUUAUGUCCUCUUCUCUCUGCAGAUCGUCAUCAGUAUCGGCCUGAUGUUCUACGUGGUGCACCGUGCUCAGGUGGAGCUCAACGCCGCCAUCGCCGCCUGCCAGAUGGAACUGCACACGUCACACAUGAACACCAACCACGCCAGCUUCACCUACUGCAGCAAGAGGGCGGCGGCCGGCUGCGUCAACGUGGUGUAAA